CUGCAUAGCAUGUGGUGUUCUUCAACAACCACUUCUUUAGGAACAUAAAGACAUAUCGCCCCAAACGGAAAAGAUCAUACUCCAUUCUUUGGCGACUGGCCGGAAUCUCUUGAUCUCGAGCAGAUGCGGAUAUGGCCGAGGUACAUGCUACCGAUUUCGAACCGGUAAUUGUGCUCAGAGAAGGUCAACAAGAACAAGAACGACCCCGAGGUCGACAGUCACGAGGAGUUGACGGACAACCGCUUCAACUUUCAACUUCACAUCCGUAUAUGCCCAAUUACCUCAUCACACCUGAUUCUGCUGGCUUUCCAGGCUUCCACACAGCAGAUUGGCUUACCGGAACCUCCUAUCCAGGCUAUGAAACACAGAACCAAUGGUCACAUGAUGGGGUCCCUUACUUAGAGACAUCAUCACCUUAUGAAGACAUUUCUCAGUCGAACAAAACUACUUAUACCCGUUCCGAACCGUACCAUGCGGCCGCUGGGUACUACUUGCCACCUCUGGAGAAUACAGAUGGUUUCUCACAAAUGCAAUCGGUCAACCAACUUGUAGCCAACUACCCAACUUACUACCUCCACCCUACACAUAUCGACCAGACGCACUCUCCUCAUAAUCAGAUACCACUUCAAGCCGCCUCAGUCACUUCGUAUGAUACUCUUAGCCCCUACGAGACGACUUUCAACUCAGAUUUACAUCAAAAUCAAAGCCCGGUAUGGCCCGCGCAGUUCUCUCAAGAACAACCUUUGGAAUAUGACACAUCAGUAAAUCUAUCCCCGGUAACACCAUUUUCGACCUCGCAACUACACUGGCCAGCCGGAUCUCAAAUAACACCGCAAUCGCUGAGUCUUGCAACUGAUCCAGUCGCUCCCCCAAAGAGGAAAAGAGCAAGCCCAGAUCCAGCUCCACCAAAGCGCAGUCGGACGAACGAUCCCCAGAAGAACCUUUCGGAAUUUGUGGUUGUGUUUGAGAACGCUCCGGGCGCUUUAUCAACUGUCAAACACAGAAGAAAAUUAGAUGCCCCAGUCAGGAAAGCGGCGAGGGAUGUUCGAAAAGCUGGAGCUUGCCAUCAAUGUAGAUUUCGCAAACGAACCGUAAGUCACUUUAAAUGUGUGCUUUUCAAGGUUGCUAAUACCCUUGACAGUGCUCUACUGGAACACCAUGUAUGUCUUGUCUGAAAAACGGUAAUGGACUUCAUGAAGUUAAGUGUCAGAGGGAGAGUCCAUUUGUGGGAAAACUGGUGCAUCAAUGUAUGUACUUGAAACUUUGAAGGUGGAAGACGCUAACUAACUCCCCAAGACUUUGAAUUCUCAUCGACAAAACGUAUUGUUUGUUUUGAAGUAAACAUUCCACUUGACCUGAUCGAUGACAGUAACCGGGAAAUUUUGACCAUUGAUGGAAUAGGUCGUGUAUCUCAUACCAUAAAGAUUCACGCCGGAAAAAGACUUCUGAGUAGUUUCGAUUGUCUGGAGCAGGAUGCUAUUCUGCAAACGUCAAAUUCGGAACCAGCUGCCGUACCCAAAGAUGAUAUUGAGGUGGUCCUGCUUGGUGACGAUAAAAAGUUAGGGCAGCAAAUCGAACAAUGGGCAGUGGAAUACACGUCGAAGUUCGUCCAUGCUGCAGGCCCCGCCUUUUACUCUACAACCAUGGCGCAAAUUCUAGGAACAGCCUACGUCAAAAAAGAAUUGCCCGAAGUAAGUGCUACUUGAUCUUGCAAAAAGCAAAUAUUAAUUACUUCUAGUCUAAACUCGUGGCAACGAUGCUUCGGGUAGCAUGCUUAGCUUUUGUACUCCGUGCUGGAAUAAAAUUCUCGAGUUCAACCUCUGAUGCAAAUUCCAAUUUCCGAACUGUUCAGGCACGAGUGGACACCAUACUCUAUGGAAGAUUGCAAAUUGCGGAAAUGGAAUUGUUCCAAAUGCUCCAACGUUUGAUAUUCCGAACUGCUGGAUGCUUGACGCGGGAGCAGAUCUUUCCGGUUGCUUUAGUACUAUGGCAGCUCAUUCGCAUUGUGUCUCUGAGUUCUAGCCAUCUAUCGAAUAUCGCCAAGAAGUUCCAAAGCAAAGGUAAGAUCUAAUUGCCUAAAUACCACAUAAUUCUUUGACUGACUCUGUUAUUAGCCCACGGACAAGCCGACUAUCAGUUCGUCAGCCUCCGAUUGCUGCUUUCUACACACAUGGCCCUCUUCCGAUCCAGCAAUCCCUUGCUCCUCGCAAUGGACGAAAAGAAUAAUCGAGAUCUCGUUGGAGACGACGACGAGUUAAUUGGUCUGUGUCUAAAGAUGCGGAAUGUUGUUUUGACCUUUCGAGACAAGGGAUUUCCUGAAAUGAAGGGCAGCAUCGCCUACAAGAAAGAGCACUUUGACAUGUUUAGGAAGGUAUACACACCUUCCAGAAGUUGAGAAUUCCCCGUCGAUGGUUGUGGUCGAUUGACGUUGGCCUCAUCAUUCUGGAUGAAGGUUCUGAGAUGAUUCGGAAUCGAUGCAAGAGGUUCAAAACGCCCGACAAAAUUAUAUCGCAUACCACGAAACUCAGAACGAGAGGAGGAAAUUUCUAGAACAUCUCCCGUUGCCUAUCAAAGCUGAAGGCAACCAAUUCAAAAUACCCCUCCACGCAAAUCAUCAGUUCUUCAAGUCAUAGGAGCAAUCCCAAGGCUUCUACGAUCUCAAAGAGAUAGUCAAAACUGCAACGGCAUUACAAACAAAGAAUUCCCCUCAAACCAGACAACAUGGAGAGACCAUUUUUCGCCAGCCACUCACAUUUUUUGACGCUGCCAGGCGAUUACAAUCACGUUGUGGGGGCAGCCUCGAAAGGGAAAUCAGAAGAGUAAGGACAUACAUAUAUUAUGCCGCCAUAUAUCAAAAAGCAAAAUAGGAUAAGGUUCCUAAUCUCAGUAGAUACCCAAAAGGUUACCGGGAAAUUAAUAAUUCGUAUAACACUAGCUUGAAAGAGGGGCAAUGUAACAUUAGACAAUGUGUUCUGGCGUUUGCUUGAGUAAUCAAGCCCGACUCAAAUAUAAUAUAUGAAGAAAUCAAUAGCUUCAAAAAGCAUUUCUGGCUGUGUGUUGUGAUGUGG